GUUUGGAACUGGUGGUUCGUGAACCAACACCUAAUUAGAAAUGAACAAAAUAAAAAUCAAUGGACAAAAAGAAAAACGCAAAGGGUCUAUCCACCCAAAUACUUUCCUCAUUACUUCGUAUGGAGUACUCGUAUAAUUUUUCCCUUAUUUCCAAAGGCUUCGAUUUCUCCACCUUACCCAUUUCAAUUUAAUAUUCACACUCAAGUCUCUCCCAAACCUUCUUCACUUACUCCAAUGGCAGAUUCAUCUUCAGAUGUCCCUCCAAAACAAAGAACUGACAAUCCAAGUAAGUACUCCUUCUACAAGCACUUGAUGUUGAAACCUCUGGUUGUAUCAGUUUUCCUUGUUUUUCUCCUUCUCUUUCCUUCACAAGCUCCAGAGUUCCUCACCCAAACUCUGAGCACCAAAAUCUGGGAAGUCCUCCAGCUCAUCCUCGUCGGCAUUGCUGUCUCUUACGGCCUAUUCAGCCGGAAAAUUGAUGGAUCAGUCAAAGAAAGUGAUGGGUCAACCACAAGAACAGCCAACUUUGACAAUGCCAAUUCCUAUGUCUCUGGACUGCUUCAGGUUUCAUCUGUUUUUGGCAAUGAUGAUGAAUCUGAGGGCCCUUGUGUCUUUUUUGAUGAAAAGAUUGACAUCAGCAAUAAUGUUACAUAUCAGUCUUGGAGAAAUCAAUACUAUAUGGAAAAACCCAGAGUAGUGGCAGUUGAAGAACAAAGAGGAGAUGAGUUCAGUGUUAAUCAUUAUAAAAAUUCAAAAUUUGGUGAAAAGCCCCUUCUUUUGCCUGUUAGGAGCUUGAAAUCAUCAAGAAUUGUUGAAGAAGAAGAAGAAGAGCCCAUGGAGGAAACAAAUUGGAGAUCAAGAUCUGCAGGAAGAAGAACAAUGGAGGACCCAGAAUUUCUCAAGCAAGACCCGACUCCAAUAAGAUCUGUUAGGACGCAAUCAUCUAAAAGAUCACCCUCUCCUUCACCAGAAAAGCACAGAUCUUCUUCUCCGGCCGCCGGAUCUCCACCGCCAUCAGUGAGGAUGACGCUCCCUGAUGAGGAGGAGAUAGGAAGAAAGAAUAAUAUGACACAUUCUCCUCCCCCUCCGCGUUCCAUUGGAAAGUCUUCAUCCAUGAAAUUGAGCUCAACAGAGCAGAAAAGAGAGGAACCUCGAAGAAGAUCAUAUUCAGGGAGAGAGAUGGCAGGGGGGAAUGGAAGAAGAAGAAGAAACCAGGAAAGUUUUGUGAAUAAAGAAGAUGAAGAAGAAGAAUUUUCAGGAAGAGAGGAGUCAGAAGAGGAUGAGAAUGGGGGGAUUGGAGAGAACAGUCACAGUGGGGAUGUUGAUAAGAAAGCUGAUGAGUUUAUAGCCAAAUUCAGAGAGCAGAUUAGGCUGCAGAGGGUUGAUUCUUUUAGACGAUCUUCUCCGGCCGGCCACGGCCAGCCUGCUAAUAAAAGCUCGCCGUGAAAUGGACGGGGAGUAUAAUAGUUCAUCAUUUCUAUGACUUUUUUUUGUUUCGGUUUCGGUUUUAAUUCCAUUAUUGUUAAAUUUAAUUGCUAUAUUUCCAGAUUAGAAUAUGAAAAAGAAUGCAACUUUUUAUGGCAAAUGUACGGGUUUCAUCACUUUCAUGGUGGCCAUGGCAGCCAGCACCGUCGUAAUGGUAGCUGCUGUACUUGGAUAAGUCAGCCGUUUCGAACAAGAGUCAGAACAGUGUCAGCAUUUUUUGGAUCCAAAUUUUCCGAGAUCAAUGCUGUAAAUGUACAAUUCCAGAGCAAUUACGGUUCGAUUUUCCAAUUUUUAUUUUAUAUUUAAAACGUGUUUGAUAACCCUUAAAAUUUAAAAAUUUGUUUGUGAAAAGCUUCUUGUCACAGACAAAAUAUGUCUAUGCAAAUUAUUUUGUCUGUGAAUCGAAUUCACAGUCAAAAGCUCUUCACAAACAUGGUGGGUAUAAGGUGAGUAUUAAAGUGUGUACAAGAAGAAAUUCUCAAACUAUAAUCUGACGAGAAAUUAAAUAUCGUUUAUUUGUAUUGCAAACAUAAUUGUAAUUGUAAUAUUC